AUUGCGGAGGGCAACAACAUUCCCAUUUCCAUCACAACAGUAGUUGAGAAAAAAUGCCUUCUUCAUGUGCUGCUUGGGGCUGUACAAAUCGCCGCACUAUUGAAAAUAGGUCACGGGGAAUUACAUUUCACAAGUUUCCCAAAGACAAAGAGGUGAGGAGACAGUGGGAAGUAGCCACACGAAGGCAAGGUUUUUCCGCAAGCGAUUUCUCUGUGCUAUGCAGUGAGCACUUCGAGUCGGAUCACUUUGACAGGACAGGUCAGACUGUCAGGAUUAGGGAUGGAGCUAAACCAUCAGUCUUCAGUUUCCCUCCUCAUCUACAAAAACCCGUUGCAACCAGGACUACACAAGCCUCAAAGAAAGCUGAGAAAAGUCUGUUAGUAAACAGUUCUCAGCAUUUCCAAGAGACUGAUCCUCCUCUGCCUAAUCCUGACCACACCUAUGCAUUGCCUGCAUCUCCCACUAGUUUAAAGGCCAGACUCUGUGAAGCCUUGGCUAGAGUGGAGAGUCUGGAGCGAGAGAAGAGGAAUGUGAAGGACCGAGAACGGAGGGCAAAGAGCACUGUACGUGAUGUUCUGGAGGAUCUGAAGGGGAAGAACCUCAUAAAUGAAGACUUGAAAGAGAGGCUCAAUUUCUACUCUGUGACUGGUGAGAGGGUGUUUGUGAUGAUGGAUGCCUGCCACAUGUUGAAGCUGGCUCGAAAUAUGUUGCAGGCUUACAGUCCAAUAACCAGCAGCACUGGUCAGAUCAACUGGACAUUCAUUGCUCAUCUAAAUGAAGUUCAAGUCAAAGAUGGACUACAUGCAGCCCACAAGGUACCUGUCUGUCAUGGGGUUCAGCAUCAAUAUCGACACCCUAAUGUUGAUGAUUCCUGAACAAUUACAAUUUCGGCGGUACAUCUGCACUUACCGAUUUAGCCAGGAUCACCUGGAGCUCUUCUUCAAUUCAAUCAGAAUUGUACAGCUCCAGUUUACCCAAAUUCAACUUUGCUGGGGGAUGGAUAACAUGGAUAACAAUCCUACUGCAGGUCAGUUCCAGGGCAUUGUCCGGCGUCUCAUGGUCUGGUGCGGGGUCUCUCCAAGCACAUCAGGGAAUGUGGCACCACAGAAUGAGACCGUGUGGCUAUCAGCUGUCGAAAUAUCAUCUCUAGCAGUAGAUAUGAAUCUGAGGAGCUUCCAUUCCCUUUUCUAAACGUUUUUGCACUUGAGUGUGACCACAGCUACCUGCCAACCCGCUUUGGUAGCCUUGUGUACAUUUCAGGUUUUGUAGUGCGUCAGAUUUUGAGAAAGCUUGCCUGUGAUGUGUGCCGUGCUAGCUUGGUGGCAGAUGCUGUACCUGCAUCUUUUGAUCAGAACUACCACUUGCUUUUACUGAAAAACAAUGGAGGGCUGAUGAUUCCUUCUGAGGGUACAGUGAAGGUGGUUAGAUCAGCAGAGCGGUUUAUUCGCCGGUCAGAGUUUCUUUGAUCAAACAGUUUGUCAGAGCUGGGAUUGGUUCUGAUGAUGGGUUUUCUCUCAAGGAGCACAUACCGGAAACACAGUUUGGAAUUGACAACCAUCAUUUUUCUCUCUUUUCAUUAGUUUUGUCUGUCUUUCACAAAGUAAGGAUGCACCACAUUGCCAAACUUAACACUCUGACACUACUGCUCUGCAAAGCAGUUCUUUUCAAAGGGUUUUUUAGCUCCCCUGUGACCUUACAAAGGGUGAGUGAUUAUAGAUGAUUGAUGGGUAACAGAAAUGAAUCAUUUUCUAUUUUUAUUAUUCUAUUAUUCUGCAAUUAAAAUUACAAUGCAUUUUCUAUUAAUUAUUUUUAUUAUACCACUUGCGAUUAUCAAUCUAUUAUAGUUAUGGUGUUAAAUUAUUAUACUAGUCACUAUUUAACUUAUUUUUUUAAUUGUAUAUAUUAUUUAAUUGUAUUAUUAUUAUUGUAUAUGCUAUUAUCUAUGUAUUAUUGUACUUGUGAUAUUAUAUAAUUAUACUAUUCAUUAUUAUUUUAUUUACUGUAUACUGUUGUUACUGUAUAUUUGUUUUAUUGACUGUACACUAAACUAUUCACUAUUACUUUUCAAUUUCUUAUAUUUAUUAUAUGCAUUGCACAGUGUAGCCUAAUUGUACCGUCCAUGUCAUAAUAGUAUAAUUAAUACCAUAAGGAUCCAUCAGUUAUCUUUUUUAUUGUAUAUUUGAAGUAUCUGUAAAUAUCAAAUUUGUUUAAUUUUGCUGAUUUGUUUUAUUUUCUCAAUGGC